UGUGCUAGGUAAAUAGCUGGGCGAAAUUCAGCUGAUUAUUUCUUGAUUCGGCCCCUUCGCAUCGCUACAUGGGAUCGAAGUUGGCCAAAUUAAAACAAAAGUCAAUAAAUCAAAACCAGAGAACUAGCCAAUUUAGUCUUCAUAGAAGCAGAUGUAAAAGUGGUGUUAAUAGCAACAGUUUCAUUGGUGAUCAUGAAACUCAGGAGUCAGAAGCGGGAGAAGCUGAUCUACAUAAGCACUUUGUUAACUGUAAGAAGAAUCCAGGUCAUAGACAGUUUAUACCUGUUGAUACAUUCAGCUUGAAACAUUUACCCGAAGGUCAUCAAAACAAAUACUUGUAUGAGCUUGUAAAAGCUUCAGCUGACCUGACUGUCAGAGUCAGUGUUAAAAUGACCAGUCCAGACAGACCACGGUUUUGGCCGCAGACAACUGUACCAUUUCCAUUUUUUAAUGAGAGGCACGCUCCAACCUCUAGGGUAGGAAGUGGGAGAGUGUGGAAUAUACAUGCGAUGCAGGAUGGGAUAGCACAAGAUGGCGACGAGUGUGACGAUAGUAGCCGCACAGAAUGCUGGUGCACAAAAUGUGAAGAUUCGGACUCCCCCAGCAAUGUGUGGUGGGAAUUUUUUCUGCACACAGCCAGUCACGUGGUUUUUGAUGACUACGAGGCGAAGCACACGACACUGAGACUCUUUUACGACAAAGACGAUAGUCCAGUGGUCAUUGUUGAUAAAGUCAUGGUUGAAUACGUAAACCUUGACUAUGACGUAUGCGUGCUGAAAUGUGUGACAUGUGACGAAAGUUUAGGUAAUAGACUGGCGGAAAUGUAUGGCUAUCAUUUAAUAGCAUGGAACCUAGUGUUAUACAAAUAUACACACACCAGAGACAAACACAAGAUGACCUUUAUUGUAUCUCAUCCUCAUGGAUGCCCCAAGCAGAUCAGUAUUGGUCAAUGGAAGGCCAAAAAAGAGAUCCAUGAUAGAACAAAGUUUACUUACUCCACACCGACUUGUCCAGGAAGUAGCGGGGCCUCUGUCCAUUGUGUGGGCUAUAGUUGUAUGGCGUGGAACUCAGAGCUUGUUCAUAGUGGAUGUUUGAAGUGUGGAUUAAAUUAUAGCGGAGCUGGUCGUUUCCCGUAAAUUGUAGCCUUUUAAAUUUUUGUAACAUUAAUUUCUCUAAUGGCAUCGCAAUAUUAUCUUUUUAUUCACUUGUAAAGCGAAUGUACAUUUGUAAUUUCUGUAUAAAUUUUGUUAAACAAAAGACUUCUAUUUAUCUAUAUGAAUUUUUUACGAGUUUUUAUCAAAUCAAUAUAUAGAUUAUUGAAUGUUCUUUUUUUAAAAAUUACUAUAAUAUGCUCAGUGCAAAGUAGUCUGAUCUCUUUUGUGGAUAUAUAGGCUAGUGCAAAAGGUUUUUAUGCUGCUAUUGAACGCUCAGCAAAUGCUUAAUUAAUCUUCCAAUUAUUAAAAGCUCUUUAUUUAGUACUAGACAUAUAUUACCCGCGGCCUGCGGGUCUUAAUUUGCAUAUCACUGUCGAUAUAGCGUGUUUACAUAGCGGUGUGCACGACUCAUGAAUGGGACUAAUGUUCAGUUUAUUUUAUUCUGACAAAAUCCUGUCAGGACCAUCAUUUAACAUUGCUAUUAGACACACUGCUGUCAGUAGGCCUACCGUUGCAAAAGAUGAAAAAUUUGACUUUGAGAAUCCUUGCCAAAUUGUUGCAUGAAAGCUUUCAUUAGCAUUUUGGGUGCUAAUUUUGGCACAAUAUGCAUCUUACCGGUAGAACAGUUCUUUCUUUUUAGAAAACAGCUGUCAAAAAUCAAAUAAGUUGAAUGCAGUAUUUCUGGAGCGUCUAUGUGAAUAAUGAAUCAAAUAAAAAAAAGGCACCAAAAAACGAAAUACCAACCGAAGUACGACAAGGUGUUACUGAAUGCAGUGGACUAUUUAAUUGCUAAAACUAUUUCUGUUUAUUUGUUUU